AUGCACGUCCACACGCCCAAGUACCCGCGCCAACUGGUUCUCGCUGUCAAUGCCUGGGUCUUCUUUCGCAUUAGUGGAGGUCUCUUCAACCCUGCCGUUACCUUUGGUCUCGUUCUUAUCGGUGGUCUUGGGCCUACGCGAGCUCUGCUCAUCUUCGUUGCUCAGAUCCUAGGUGCCACUGCCUCCGCUGCUCUUGUGUCUGCACUGUUUCCUGGCGAGCUGCAAAUUGCGACGACCCUUGGCGGCAAGGCCAGCGUCGCGCAAGGUGUUUGGAUUGAAGCCUUCUUGACUGCCGAGCUCGUCUUCACCAUCAUCAUGCUCGCCGCAGAGAAGCACAAGGGCACAUUCCUGGCCCCUAUUGGCAUUGGCCUGUCGCUUUUCAUUGCCGAAAUGACCGGUGUAUACUUCACUGGCGGCUCACUUAACCCGGCGCGCAGUCUAGGCCCCUGCAUUGUCUUGCGCAGUUUCCCGGGCUAUCACUGGAUCUAUUGGGUUGGCCCUGGCAUUGGCAGUAUUCUUGCUGCCGGCUUUUACCAUCUCAUCAACAUUUUGGAGUACGAAACGGCCAACCCUGGGCAGGACUUCAACGAAAAGGAAAUGGAUCGCUUCGUCUUUGACGAGGAGGCCGCCCAUACGGGAGCUCACGUUGUGCGCCCUGAUGCUACCGACGUUCUCGAGCCCAUAGUUUCUCCGGUUGCUUCCCCUGCGGCAUCCCGUGAUCCGCUCCGUGGUCGAUCUCCCGGUGACUACAUUUCGCCUGGUGCACCCAGCCUCGCUCAACGAUUUUCGCAGGGCGGUUCCGCUCACGAUGACUCAAUCAAGGCGGAUUGA